AUGGCGUCUCGUCUCCGCCACGCCUUCCGCCACUACUCAACAAUCCUCUCUCCAAACUCCUCAACCCCCCUAACCUCAAAGGAAAAAACAAGAUCCGCCCUCCGUCUCCUCAAAUCCGAAACCAAUCCCGAAACAAUCAUCGAAAUCUGCCGCGCCGCAUCUCUAACUCCCGAAUCUCAUCUCGACCGCCUCGCUCUCUCCCGCGCAGCGUCCAAACUCACCGCCGCGAAACACUUCGACGCACUCCGUCAAUUCAUCGACGAGCUUCUCCAGACUCGCUCCGACCUUCGCAACGAACGGUUCGUCUCCCAUGCUAUCGUUCUCUAUGGCCAAGCAAACAUGAUUAACCAAGCUCUCGGUACUUUCAAUUUCAUGCGUGAGAAUCUCAACAUUGUUCCAACGGUGAAAUCGCUCAAUGCGUUGAUACUUGCUUCGCUCAUUGCUAAGAAUCACAAAGAGGUAACGCGAAUUUACCUUGAGUUUCCUAGAAUUUAUUCGAUUCAACCUAAUGUUGAUACGUAUAAUUUGGUUAUUAAGUCUUUUGCUGAAUCUGGUUCGACUAGUUCUGUUUUCUCGAUUUUGGAUGAAAUGGAUAGGAAUUCUGUUAGGCCUAAUGCUACAACAAUUAAUAAUUCGAUUGGUGGAUUUUAUAAUGAGAAGAAGUUUGAGGAAGUUGGAAAGUUGUUGAAUUUGAUGGAGGAAAGGUAUAAGCUGUAUCCGGGUCUUAGUACUUAUAAUGUUAGGAUUCAGAGUUUGUGUAAGUUGAAGAGAUCUUCUGAGGCUAAGGCUUUGUUUCAAGGGAUGAUUACGAGAGGGAGGAAGCCGAAUUCGGUUAGUUAUUCUCAUUUGAUUAAUGGGUUUUGUAGGGAAGGGGAUCUUGAAGAGGCGAAGAGGUUAUUUGCUGAUAUGAAGAAAAGAGGUUUUAGGGUUGAUGGCGAAUGUUAUUUUACCUUGGUUUAUUUUCUGUGCGAGAGUGGGGAGUUUGAGUCUGCUUUGGAGAUUGCUAAGGAGUGUAUUGGUAAAGGUUGGGUUCCAAAUUUUACUACAAUGAAAAAGCUUGUGAAUGGGCUUGUUGGUGUUUCAAAGGUUGAUGAUGCUAAAGAGGUUAUUAAGGAAAUCAAGGAGAAGUUUGCUGAAAACAGUGAGCAGUGGAGUGAAAUUGAAGAGGGGUUGCCUCAAGAAUGA